AUGCUGACCGGCCUCUCUGAAAAUCCCCAGGACAUCAGCGACUCCAGGAAAACUGCCGUCAUCAACGACGAGCUUAAAAAGCUUCAUAUGGACAUCGCCAUUCUACAGGAAAGACAUCUGGCUGACUCUGGAUCGCUGACGAAGGACUACACAUUCUUCUGGCAGGGGAAGAGCUCCGACGAACCACGCCAACACGGAGUGGGCUUCGCAAUGAGGACCAGCUUGUUGAAUACGGUUAAACCAAGUAGUAACGGCUCCGAGAGACUCCUCACACUCCGCCUCAAAAUCACCGCAGGCUCUGUCAGCCUCGUUAGCGUGUAUUUCCCGACACUCUCUGUCACACUGGACACCAAGGACGAGUUUUGCGACAAGCUGGCAACCACCAUCAGCAGUAUCCCCAGAAAGGAACUUGUUCUCCUGGGAGACUUCAACGCCAAAGUGGGUGCUGAUCAUGACUCUUGGCCUUCAUGCCUUGGACAGUUUGGAGUCGACAAGAUGAACGACAACGGCUAG